CUCACCUGUUGUCUGCUGUGUGUUUUACUGCUGCAGAGCUCUGAACCCUGAAAUUUGCCUUUUUCAACGCAGUUUUGUGCCGGAUGCAUCUUCGUGUUGUUCUGCGGUCAGCAGAGAUGGGGGGUCAGGCUUCCACAGUCGAGGGCGUCCAUGUGGUCGUUGUGGGCGGUGGGUUCGGAGGCAUCGCGGCGGCUCAGCACCUGAAAUCUCGAGGACUCUGCUUCACUCUGAUCGACAUGAGAGACGCUUUCCAUCACAACGUGGCGGCUCUCAGAGCGUCGGUGAAGCCCGGCUUCGCUCAGAGGACCUUCAUCCCGUACGCUAAGACGUUUGGAGACAGUUUCGUCCAGGGUCGAGUCGAGCGAGUAGACACCGAGAGACAGACGGUCGUCCUGGAGGGAGGACGGGAGAUCCAGUACUCACACCUCAUCCUGUGUACUGGGACCGAUGGAGCGUUCCCCGGGAAGUUCAACACCGUGGCGUCGUAUCAGACCGCCGUCCAAACGUACGAGGACUUCAUCCAGCAGGUCCAGGCAGCCGACUCUGUGCUGGUGGUCGGAGGAGGGUCGACCGGCGUGGAGAUGGCUGCUGAGAUCAAGACGGAGUAUCCAGACAAGAAGGUGGUUCUGAUCCACGCCAGAAUCGGGCUGGCCGACCCGGAGCUGCUGCCCUGCGUCAGACAGCAGGCCAAAGAGGUUCUGCUGGAGAAGGGAGUGGAGCUGCUGCUGGGUCAGAAAGUGUCCAACCUGUCGGAGCUGCAGCUGAAUGUGACCCGGAAGAACACGGCGGUCACCACAGAUAAAGGAGAGCAGCUGACCACAGAUCUGAUCAUCUGCUGCACCGGACUCAAGGUCAACUCUGCAGCCUACGCCUCCAGCUUCUCCGGCUCUCUGGCCGAGAACGGCGCUCUGAAGGUGAACGAGCACCUGCAGGUCGAAGGAUUCUCCAACGUCUUCGCUGUGGGCGACUGCGCCAACGUCAGCGAGCCCAAGAUGGCGUACCACGCCGGGCUGCACGCCACCGUCGCCGUCAGCAACAUCGACAACAGUCUGAGCGGGAAGGCGCUGACCUCAUAUCACACAGGUAACGUCACCAUGCUGCUGGCGAUGGGCCAUAACGACGGCGUCGGUCAGUUUAACGGGCUGAAGUUGCCUCGUUUCCUCGUUGCUUUGGGGAAGAGUCGAGAUCUGCUGCUGUGGAAGAGCUGGAGGGAGAUGCAGCAGAAGCAGCCCUGACGCGCACCUGCGCACGCACACACCUGCGCACACGCACCUGCGCACGCACACCUACACACGCACACACACACACACACCUGCACACACACACACACCUGCACACACACACACACACACACACCUGCACACGCACACACCUUUCUGUCACGCUUCUCCUAGUGAAGGAUUGUUCAGGUCACCAGUGGGGAUGUGACCGUCCACUCACGUUAUUUUGAACCACGUCUAACUCAUUUUCUAUAGAACUCUCUCCUCUGAAUGUUGCUCAACUUCUCAGCUGUGAAAUCAGAUUUAUAGACAAAGACGUGACUUGUUGUUGAAUACGAGGAUGUGAAAUGAUGUUUCCUUUCCGUCCUGCUGCUGGAAGCGUAGAGGUAGAAACCCUCUACCGUGUCUACGUGUGCCUUCAUCUCCAGGAGAAAUCAGUUUCUGACUCUACGCUGUGUUGAAGAAUCAGCGGAAACCUGACUGAAGUCUGGUU